GCGAUCAGCUGCUUGGGGUCAGGGGUCAGGCGUUGACUCCCGUGUCAAUAUCGAACUCGCGUACAGCAGCAGCACCACAACAACACUAACCAGCAGCAACAACCAGCAGCAACAACCAGCAGCAACAGCAACAACCAGCAACAACCAGCAGCAACAACCAGCACGAGGCGCGACAUGUCCUCCGCAGAGUCCAGCCCCAGCCGCUGUGCGUCUAUGGCUGAUCUGACGGACGACAUUGAGGAGUUGGAUGACAAAGAGUUUGACCUUCCUCAAGUGGACACACCGCCCACAUUGGAAAGCAUUCUCAACGAGGAUGACGAGGAGGAGAAUCCUUUCCAGCUGGAUGACCCAGCGCUCUUCUUGGCCGACGGCUCGGACGCUUGUUCCGUGGAGACGUCCUCACUGGCCAGCACAGACAGUGGCGACCGGCCCGACUCCAGGAAAAAAAAGAAGGCAGAGCAGAAGAAACCUUUCCAUGGCUCGGUGCUGAAACAUGUCAUCCUCAAGGGCGUGUCUUCCCAGAUUGUAUCUGCAGCAGAUCGAGUUGAAGCUGGACUGCCAACUGCUAUGGCUGUCUCCAAUGUAAUCGCAGUGGGCACAGCUCAUGGGUUAGUGCUAGUGUACGACCCUAACCAGGCACUGAGGCUGUGUCUGGGCAGCACGGCUAUCGGAGCGCAGUAUGGUGCCGUGUCUGCCCUCGGUAUCAACCGCGACUGCACCCGCCUUCUUUGUGGCUUUGCCAAGGGGCAGAUCACCAUGUGGGAUCUGACCAAUGGAAAGCUUCUGCGAACAAUAAUGGAUGCACAUCCUCCUGGCACAGCUGUUUGCACAUUAAGGUUAGUAUUCACAGAUGAUCCCACUUUAGCAAUCUGCAAUGACAGUGGGGGCUCCGUCUUUGAGCUUGCUUUCAAGAGGGUGAUGGGUGUGCGGACGUGCGAGUCACGCUGUUUGUUCAGUGGCGCGAAGGGGGAGGUGUGCUGCAUCCAGCCGCUGUGGUUUCCCACCAACCUCAAAGAACACCCCAUGUCACAGCACUUUCUUCUCGCCAUGGCCUCUCUCACGAAGAUAUUAAUAGUUGGACUGAAGCCAUCCCUCAAAGUGAUGCUGUCUGUGUCCUAUGGAAAGACGAACCCGGCGAGCGUGCCGCUCAUGGCAUGGCACUUCACCUUGGUGAAUGGCUCGGCAGACCCUGUGCUCGCGUUCUGCAGGGGCUCCGUCGUCCACUUCAUCCUAGCCAGCUGCCGAGACUCUGACAACAUCCACUUCAGCAAGCAGAGGGAGCUGCACCUGAAUUAUGAGCCCAUCAACCUCACGUGGAUGAACUCGCGCGUGCUGGCCUUACUGGACGACACGGAGACGUUGCACGUGGUGGAACGGGCGAACCAGGAGCAGCUGGAGGCUCUGGACAUAGCUAGCCUCCAGCUCGUCUACAACUCCAGCCACUUCAAGUCGCUGGCCACAGGCGGCAACGUUAGCCAGGCCCUGGCACUUGUGGGAGAGAAGGCAUGCUACCAAUCCAUCUGCAGCUUUGGAGGGCAAGUGCUUUACCUGGGAAUAAAAUCAGUUCAUGUGAUGUCGUUGCGAACUUGGCGAGAGAGGGUGGACCUGCUUGUGCGGCAGGAGAGGUUUCCAGACGCCUUGAAUCUGGCCUGGUCCUUCCACCAAGGCUCUGCAAAGGCCGUUCUGGGUUUGCCAGUGAACAUUGCCAAGAGAAAAUCAUUGGUUGCAGAUAAGAUGACAGAUAUCCUCAUGCAGUAUGUGAUGAUCUCCAUGAAAAAAUGCCCUGAGCCAGGCAAGACACAAGCUCUGGAAAAACAUUUCCAGGAGGUGGUUCCUAUGUGCAUCGAAUACUGCCUUCUGCUGGGCAAGACGGAAUUGCUCUUCACCCAGAUGUAUGAGCAGCUUGGGGAGAGCUCAGUGGCGCGGGGCGUGUUCCUUGAGAGCCUGGAGCCCCACGUCUUGGGGGACCGUCUCACCAGCAUCACCCCGCAGGCCAUGCGCGACCUCAUCUUGCAUUACCAGGGCCAGGCACGCAUGGCCACGGUGGAGGCGUGCAUCCUCCACAUGGACAUCACCAGCCUCGACCUCCAGCAGGUGAUUAACCUUUGCUGGUCUCAUGGCCUGUACGAUGCUGUAAUCUACAUCUACAACACGGGAAUGAAUGAUUACGUCACGCCCAUCAAGGAGAUCUUAAAGGUCCUACAGACUGCACUGAGCACUGGUCGUCAGCUGCCUGGUGACAAGGUGACUGCAGGCAAUAAGCUCCUGGUCUACUUAAGCUGCUGCCUGGUUGGCAGAGCUUACCCAAUGGGUGACAUUCCCAAGAACCUGGCACCCACCGUCAAAAAGCAGGUGUUUGAGUUUGUGAUCAAGCUGCACUCGGAUGAGGCGGAGGUGCAGGAGGAGGUCUAUCCGUGCGUCCGCACGCUGCUGCACUUUGACACACGGGAGUUCCUCAAUGUGCUCACCCUGACGUUUGAAGACUUCAGAAAUGACAAGCAGGUGGUGGAGUACCAGCAGCGCAUUGUGGAUGUCUUGUUACAGGUGAUGGUGGAAGGGAAAGGCUUUUCCCCAUCACAGGUAGGGUCCCUCUUCACCUUCCUGGCGCGGCAGCUGGCAAAACCAGAGAACACGCUGUUCGUCAACCGCCACCUCUUUGACCAGGUGCUGGAGUUCCUGUGCGGCGCGGACGAUGACUCACGGCACGCUGAGCGCCAACAGGCCCUGCUGGAGCUGCUGCAGGCAGGGGGCACGGUCCACUUCGAUGAGAGCAAGCUGCUGGCACUGGCAGAGAAAGCCAAAUUCUACCUCGUGUGCGAGUUCAUGUUUGAGAAGAAACAGAUGUACGACCAAAUCGUGAUGUGCUACCUGAAGGAUGAGGCCCGGAGGGAGGACGUUUUUAACUUUGUCCACAACAUCCUGUCCAUUCCGGGCUACAGUGAGCAAGAGAAAGCUCUCGUACAUCAGAAGGUUAUGGCGAAUAUACAGGAGCUGGUGUCCAUCAGCCCACAAAAGACAGCCGACCUGGUGAUCUCAGAUCUCUCCGAAAGCCUCAUUGGCAUCUUGGCUCUUCUAGAAGGCCAUCCUCGCUUGCUGUUUGGAUUUUUACAGUGCAUUCUAGAAACAGGGGAGACCUCUCCGCUUAGCCGAGAUGCCCUAUCUGCCAGCUCGGACGUGAAUGAGCGCUACAUAGACCUGCUGUGCCAAUUCAGUCCUGAGAAGGUCCUCCCUUUUCUGAGAACUUCUGAGCAGUACCGCAUCGACCAAGCCAUCAAGCUUGUGGAGGAACAUGGGGUGAGCAAUGCCUUGGCUUACCUCCUGGAGAAGAGCAAUGAUGUCCAAAGAGCAUUCUCCAUCAUGCUGCAGAUUUUGAAGGAAAAGCUUGAUGUUCUUAUGCAAAGCUUGGGUACAGCAAGCAAUCAGAAAGCAGUGGACCAGCGCCUCCUUGAAGGGGUACAGACAGCACUGGAGGACGUCACCCAACUGUGUCAGCGCAACUCAGGGCACCUGGGCGCGGAGGAAAGGGAGGGGCUUUGGUUUCCCCUUCUGGAGGUGAUGAUGUCACCGCAGAGGGAAAUUAAAAAGAUGACGUCGUCUGUCAUUGCCGAAGAACUGAAGAACCUCACCAAGCAGUUACUGAACAGCAUGACGGGGUUCCUGACCUUGCCCGCGAUCCUGCAGAGGAUCAUCCAGGACCCGAUUUACGGCUCUGGCCGAUUUGGAGAGAUCAAGGAGCUGGUGCUUGGGAUGUUGGACACAUUCAGCUACGAGCAGACACUUCUGGAGACGACUACAGGGUUGCUCAACCAGGACCUGCACUGGUCGCUGUCACAACUCCGCAAGGCCGUGUGCCGUGGCCUGCACCCACGGCAAGAUGCCUGCGGGGUGUGCACCCAGCACUAUGGCCGCCGGCAGAGCCCUGGUCAGCGCAUCAUCAUCUUUGGUUGUGGACACGUCUACCACGAGGACUGCUUGCGAGGCACUGGUUGCCACAAUGCCGUUGAGGGCCAGAGCAACUGGAGUUGCUACCUGUGCCAUGCAAGCAACCGGGAUGGAGGAGUGAUCGCAAACCAGGCGCACGCACGUACCACCUCUCUCGCGCAGAUAAGAGUUGCAUCUGCAAAAGAGGAGAAAAAAGCCACAACAAAGGGAAGCAAAAAGGUGCCUGAAGUGGUCAUUGAUCCUGAGCAGUUCAAAUGUUUUGACGAGCUACAGAAGAUUAACAAGGGGCGUUCUCGGAUCGCCAUCUUGGCCGAGUUGUCCAAGAGCCACUCGGACUCAGAAGGUGCAUCGUACCGUCCCCUCUCCAUGGUGUCGUCUCCAGUUGGCCAUGAGAGUGUCUUUCAGAACGAACAUUUUCAGUUGCGGUUGGAUGCACCCCCACCAAAGGACUGAGUCAGGUGAUCUCCAGAUUUAGCAUUUUGCACUUCGUUGUUUUCACAGUUACUUACCAGGUUAAACUAAACAAUUUUUUUUAUUUUACCAGGUAAGGCCCACUGAGCUAGAUAGCUAUUUUUCAGAAGUGACCUGGCCACAAAUGAUAGCCCAACGAAGUGGCUUAUGUGGAAAUGUAUCGCAGCCAAACGCAUGUUUCUAAAUGUGGAGGAAAAAAACGGAGGGUCUGAAGAAAAUUCCACGCAACCACGGGGAGAACAUGCAAACUCCGAAUAUACAGGUGUUAGGUUUGGGAUAGAAUCCGCGACUUCCUGUAUACCAGGCAAGGCAGGUAACAUCUCACCAAUGCCGUGCCUCAAAGGUCGCUUGGUAAUUUUUUAUUUAAAAUGGUUAAACCUUUACUUCGUGUUGUCAUAAAAUCGCACGUGAAAAUCCCUAUGAAGUACUGUUCUCAUUGUGUAUAUUUCCAUGUACAUUUUGCUGCAAUGGUCCCUUUGAUUAAAGUUGUACAUUUUAGCAAUUUGCUGUAUUUCUGAAAUUCUUCUGGAUGAAAAUUGACUUCGUGCCAUAUGGUGGUUUAAACUAACUUGAUGUAAUAGAGGUAUUUUUUUUAAGUUGUACUGAUGUUCUUUCAUUGCUAUUCCAGAAUUAAAAUGCAACAUUGACAAUUCUAAGUUCAA